AUGGACAGUGCCACACCGCAUUCGCCUACUCUGGCACUUGGUGGUUUACCGGAUCUUACACGAAGACUCCAAGACGAGAGAGAUGCGCUGCGUGUUGAGAUGGAAGAGCUGACACGUCGUCUUUCACAAGAACGCGUCGCUCGAUCAACGCUGGAGAACGAAGCACAAUUGCGCGAGCUAGAAUUGCGCCAAGUGCAACAGCGUAGUUCUCAGGCGACUCAGCAGGCUCGGGACAAGCAGAUGGCGCUCGAAAAGGAACUGGAGGAGGAGGUGGCUAUGCACAAGAUGGCGUCACUGCACGCGAAGAGUGACAUUGUUGGAAGAGGGCCGAGGCUUCAUUGGCAAGGCCCUUCAGAUGCGCGAGGAGUGGCACGAAAUCCAGCUAGUACUGUUCGCGCUUCAAAGCAGUUGCUGAAUGCCUAG